UUUGGCCACCCAAUAGAACCAAAAAAUCAAAUGGUUAUCCCGUUUCUUCCCUGCAUUUCCUAUAUAUACUCAGAUCCUUCGUCCUUCUCCCACUCAAGUGUCCAACGAGAUCCAUAGCUAAGAUCCGAAAUCCCUUCAUCACAAUCAAAUCUCUAGGAAUCCUAGCCAGACACGAUCAGUUAGUCAUGGCCUCGAGAGGAAUCAUAAUCAGCCUGGUACUAAUGGUAGUCCUAGCAGCCGACCCGUGCUACCGGGUUGCCGCACAGCAGUCCGGGUGCACCCCCGCACUGACCAGCCUAGCUCCUUGCCUCGGCUUUAUCACAGGGAACUCGUCAACGACACCCCCUUCCUCGUGCUGCUCAGCGCUUUCCACAGUAGUCCAGUCAUCCCCGAGGUGCCUUUGCUCGGUAUUCAAUGGUAGUCUCCCCUCCCUCGGCGUGCCCAUCAACCAGACGCAGGCCUUGCAGCUUCCCGGCGCCUGUAACAUACAAACCCCACCAGUCAGCCGGUGCAACGCUGCAAGUGGACCAGGCGCUCCGGCAGCUUCACCAGUUGGCGCUCCGGCGGCUUCACCGUUAGGCGCUCCGUCGACUGUUCCAGUGGGCGCUCCAUCCGAAUCUACAACCGACACCCCCAAUGCUGCUGCUGCCACUCCUUUGGCCCCGACCAACCCUUCGAGUAAUGCACCUGCUGAAGGAGGGACUAAGGCGACUCCAUCACCGCCGGCUCCAGUGGCCGACGGGAGCAACAUCAAAGUGUCGCUGCAAUUCGUGCUACUGUUACUCUUUGUAGCCUCUUACUCAUCCGUCGCUGAGAGAGUGUUCUGAGCCAUUUCUUAUAGUUUGUUUGAUUACUGUGGAUAGAUUUGGAGCCUGUCGUUUGAGUUCAUUUCGCGCAUCAAAUAUGAUUCUUUAAUGCAUGUCAUGAUAAUAUCAAUAUAUCUUAUUGAUAUUUACAUCGGUUUGUUCGUAAUUUAUGUAAUCCGCGUGGAAUUACGUUACUUAUCAUAUGAUUUAUUUUAUUUGGUGUA